CCACGCCUGAAGGCCUUCAGAAGGUAAUGACGUGAGGCAUGCUAGAGUGUGCUCCCCGAUCUACGUACCGCCCGGCGUGCAGGAAGCAAGGAUCCCUAUCCUCUCCGUCCGCAGAGACCCACAAGAUUUCAUAACAUGGAGGAUGAUGUUAAGGUAGCCGCCUACACUUUGACGUUAAAGAGUAGCGACACAUUGGCGGAUGCAUGUCCUUGGUCUCGGGCUGGGCAGCCCUAAUAUCGUAAGGCGGACGUUUUAAAAGGCGGCUGAAGGCCCUUCAAUCCACCAGACCAUCCAUCCACUCCACUCCAUCAAGCUCACCUCAAUCAUCAAAGAGCAAAACCAUCGCUCCUGUAUUCAUUAGCACUUUCAUCAGGUCAACGUGCCUAUCAGAAUGGCUCCGUCAUCCAUCUCUUCCAUCAACCAAUCCGAACCGCUCCUCCCUCCCAAGCCUUCGAAUGGGCAAAACGGCCAGCCCAUCUCCAAGACCAGUUCAAGCGCCGUUGAAGCGCUCCAUCUCAUCCGAAUCGGACUCGGCCUAGCCUGCAUCGUGGCGCCCCGCUGGACCUGCGCCGUCUUCCAAUUCUCCAUUCCGGAAGGCUCUGCUAUUCUAGUCCGCCUCUUCGGCGUCCGCGAUUUGAUCCUCGGCGCGCUGCUCACGACGAAUGAGGAUAAAGUCAGCAGGAGAGAAAUGAAGAGAGUCGUGUGGGCCAAUAUUGGGGCUGAUGCUGUGGAUAUGUGCAGUAUUGCGUUUGCCUUGGCGACUGGUACUCUGGGAAAGCUUCCGGCAGGUCUGUUUGCGGGCGGAGCGGCAGUAGGACUUGGCCUGGAGGCUUUGGGUCUGCGGGGAUUGUAAAUGGUAGUACGUUUGAGGCCGGCAUAGAUGCUGCGGAACGACGAGGACGAGGAGUAUAGAUAUGGAGCGGAGCUUUUUGGUAUAG